UGGAAGGGGACUCCAGUCAUGAUGUCCUGCCUGGCCCCUCAGAUCGAGCCUCAGGCCGCGGGCCCUUCCUCCCUCUGCUGCUCCCGCACGGUAUGACCGUCAAAGUGCAGGGACUCCAUGCUAUAGAGGAGCUUAGGGUAAAUGUCCGAGGACAAUGGACCCCUCUGGUGGAGUUAGCCGAGCAGUGUGGCUACACAUUUGACAGACAAGAUGCAGAGAUUAUAAUCGCUGCUGCAUUCUUUACGUGUGGCAUCAAAGUAAAGGAUGGGAAAUACACACUUUCUCUUCAGAUAGGAGAGAAGACCUUCACACUGGCCUGUCCCGUCUCUCCCCCUGAAGAACUCCCCCAUCAGCCUGUGGUCAACGGCCCUCAUCCUCUAACCAGAGGGCCAGCAGAGCACACGCCAGAAGCCCUGGAACCAUUUCCUUGGGCCCCACCUUUUUACUUGGCCCCGCCUUACUAUCCACACCCCACAUAUCACCACAAGUAUCAUCGUCCUGAUAGACACACCGCAGAUAUCCCUCCUACUCCCUCAUCUUCGACUCCUGACCCUAUGUUUGUUCCUCAGCCUCUCCCUGCUGUUGAUUCCCUCUCAGACUAUCAGAACUAUUACUCUCACCUGAUUCCUGUCAGUGUCCACAGUUCUCUGUCAUCUACAGAUGAUACGAAGGAUUCAGGUCGGGUGUAUCCAGAUCUGCAAGGACCUCCCGUGUUGGGUGUCUCUGAGAGGCACAGUGCUGCCCAUUCCCUCUCCUCAGACACAGGCUUAGCGAUUCAAGUUGAAUCCCCACCUCCUCUCCAGCCCCCCAGCCAUGCCUUCAAUCCAUACUAUCACUACUACCAUCACCCUAAAAUCCCUCUUCCUGGCCCACCUCAAGACUCUGAUCCAGGUCCAGAGGCUCCAGGAGAACUGUCUUUAACUAAUCCUAAUAACCCUGAAUAUCCGGUGUUGCCCCCCAACAAGCAGCAGUCUGAGGCUCUCCGCAGGGUCAAAACACACCAGUUCCUUCAGCCUGAGACUGAGGCUGCUCCUCAUCCUUCCACCCUUCCAACUAGCCCUCCCAGAGCCUCUGCACCAUAUCCACCUGAUUCUCCACAGCCCUACCAAUACCACUACUCCUAUUUCUUUCCACAUAUUGCAAGGGGUGAGGCCGGAAGAUUGGCUCCUAUAAAUCCCGACACGGCAGGAAAAAACUAUUUGUCUGAUCAGAGCUCAAAGUCUAGUGCCUUUGUUAAUCUACUUCCUCGCUCAUCACAAGUAAAUGACAAAUACAACUUAAAUACUAACAUUGAGUCACAAAAUGCAGAUAAAAUUAUUAUCUUUCAAAACAAUAUGCCAGAAGGGAUCAAGCAUCCACUUUUGUCUGAAGAAGAUGAUGAUAUAAAAGUAGAUCUGGAUGACAAAAAGAGACUCUCUGCCCCAGCGGCCCCAGGAGUCCAACCUCCCCUCCCCCCGACUUACCUUCCUCGACCCAACGCUGUUGUUGCAGCUCCUCCUCCUGAACAACCCUCCUUCCCCACUCCACCACCCAACCAUAAUCAUCCUCCUUACCCAUACUACUACCACCCUUAUUAUCACUACUAUCAGAUGUAUUAUGGCCCUGAGAGUUUACUCAACGCUGACAAUCACGUGUCUCCAACUUCCUCCAAAGAAGCUUUAGAGCAUCUAGCUCGAGCGUCUUCCUCCCUUUCUCAGUUUCCAUCCUAUCCCAAUCAUCAAACUACUACUCCACCUACAAAAUCAACAUAUGCUGUUUACAAUGGGCCCCUACAUCCUUACUACUAUCAUUAUUCCCAUCAUAAUACUAAGCAACAACCAUAUGAUGCUUUUGGACGUCCUGGUGGAGAAGAAUCAGGAGAGAGGCUGGAUAAUGGAAUGAAAGACUGUACAGUGGGACAGCAUGUAAUCUUUGCGGUGCCGGACUCUGUGAUGGAGCCCACAGUGGCCCCUCCCUCUGAGCUCAGUAAUGUGUCCUGCACACUGCAGAAGCUGACCUCUGACAUCUACACUGUACCCCUGGACGGCUGUGGAGUAAGCAAACAUGUAAGGAACACUUCUAUGCACAACCCCAUAAAGGUUUUUGGUCAGACAGUGGUUCAUCUGUUGGAAGUCUAUGGUAUCCACUCUCUUCAACAAGACCACAGCUCUGAGCUAGAGAAAUCUCCUGUCAGGUUGAUGGUGGAAUGUAGUUCCUCCCCGGGUUCUUCUGGUGAAGUGAGGCUCCAUGUGAUGGAUCAACCCACUCCACCUCCCGUUCACUCUACACCAGCCACUCUCAUUGUGCUACUGAGAAUUGCCACAGAUGAGUCCUUCACCAGCUUCCACCCCGAGGCUCACCUGCCUCUGAGCCUCAUGCGAGGCAGACCAGUUUACGUGGAGGUGAGUCUGCUGGACCCUCCAGUUCCAGGCCUGGUGCUGCUGGUCCACUCCUGCCUGGCUUACACUCAAGCUCCAUACGCCAGCUGGAUGCUGGUCUAUGAUAGCUGUGAUUCACAGCUGCUUCCUUCCCUGCACUCUGGCCCCCACCACAUCCGGAGGUUCGCCAUCUCUGGCUUCCUGCCUCUUCACUCAGAAAGUCCCUCAUGCACGGCUGAGGGAGGAUACUCUCACCUGGAGGACCCAGAGAUCUACUUCUUUUGCUUGACAGAAGUGUGCUCUGCUGCAGAUGGGGACUGCACUGUGGGCUACAUCAACAGUCCAAACAGUGACGCGUGGGCAAUGAAAUAAACAAUUUUACACAGCUGCACUCUUGUUUUGUUUCAUGGAAAUAACAGAUACACAAGUCUUAGUGAAGAGAAGAGCAAAAGCCCUUGAUGGAAUAUUUAUUAAAACUUGCGUGAACGUAAAAACAAAAUAGUGCAAUGCAAUAGUAAGGGAAAGAAAACAAGCAAUACACAAACAAUUCAGCGGUCUUCUUUCUAAACAGGACACUUAAUAUAUUUCUAAUUGGUCCGAAAGCUUUUGGCAGGAACAUAAAGGAAUAAAAAAGUUGAACUAAAAUGUCACUUAAUGGCAAUAUGUUUCCCAGCGUUUACAGGAAGGCAUAACGUGAUGCUUCACAGCUCUAAAGCACUCAACAUGUUCAUACAGUCAGUUUAGUAGUCUCAAACGGUACCGGAUGACUGAGGAAAGCCUGCAGAAUAUUUCUGUCACACACAAGAAUUCCCCUUACUUUAUUUUUCUAUAAACCCUGACUGGAAGAAAUGAAUCGGAAUGCAGUUUUUGCAAAACUAAAGCAACGUAUAAAUCACGCGUGUACAAAUGGGACAUUACACUUCUAUAGCAUGAAAAUGAAUUGACCGUAACAAGAAAGUUGCGAUAAAGUGAAACUCCCAUUCCAACACUGUCAUGUGAUCUAACCUUAUAUGAACACUUGAAGAAAAUGGUCCCUUUUGCAUUUAAACACGCAUGAUUAAUUCUAAAGAAAAUGGUCCCUUUUGCAUUUAAACACGCAUGAUUAAUUCAAACAGUGAUACUUGCCAGUGGCUCAGUGAGUAUUUAACUCAUUAAGGUAUAAAACACUGCUCAUUAAUAAUCGCUUAAAUGUGUAACAGACAUGGAAGUUUCCUAUUCUUGUAAUUAAAGGGACGUGUCCGAUUACUUAUCGUAUGCCAACAGUGAUGUAGAGGCCUGUCAGGCUAGAACGCACUUGCUGUCUAGCUGUGACAGUUUCUAGCCUGAUGAAUAAUGGCUAAUACCAAGCAACAUCCAUUUCACUGAGAGUUGCUGCAUGAUUAUUUAAAAAAAAAAAAACACUAUCAAAUAUUGAUGGUUGGCAACAGCUCUGAACAAAGCAGAGGUUUUUGUUUUUUUUGUUUAAAAGGUGUCAAAUUAUCAGCACAGUGUGAUGUUUUAGGAUAUAAAAUUGAAUUCAGUUCUAAAACCAGUGUCAUCAGUAGUUCACAUACAGAGACAAAUCUGUAAACACGUAUUUGUUGGUUGAGCCUGAAUUUCCAGCGAUGGACGUCGUCGAUCAGGCAGAGGAGUGGGGGGGAGGUUGAAAACUGAAUCCUCUUGCUAGUACACAGUGGAAUAGUACGCAGUGACCCCCUGCUGGUCUUUCUUGGUCUGUUUCAGGAGGAUAGCGGUGCAGACCAGGGCAGUAAUC